CAAACAAACCCAAAACAAAACUAUGUGAGCAGCGGUGGUUGGGCUUUAAGUUAAGCGCAAGCGUGAAGGCAGCCCAUAAUACUUGGUGGAUGCAGCAAAGCCGUUCACUGUGCAAAAAUCCCAAACCAGUUCAGAUGUUGCUGUUUCAUCCAUUUGCAGGUCUAUGGAAAUGCAGGAUCUAGCCAGCCCUCAUAGUCGACUAAGUGGUAGUAGUGAAUCUCCCAAUGGUCCAAAACUUGAUAAUUCUCACAUAAAUAAUAAUUCCAUGACACCCAAUGGCACAGAAGGUGACAUGACUCUGCUCAGCACUGCAGACUGGUUGUUAAAUACUAAUACACAGACCACUGCAGGUUUGUGUAGUAACGUUAAAACAGAGCCAAUGAGCAGCAGUGAGAUUGCUACUACAACAGCAGACGGGUCUUUAGACAAUUUUUCAGGAUCAGCAAUUGGAAGCAGUGGCUUCAGCCCAAGACAAACUCACCAGUUUUCCCCACCACAGAUAUACCCGUCCAACAGACCAUACCCGCAUAUUCUUCCUACUCCUUCUUCACAAACGAUGGCUGCAUAUGGGCAGACACAGUUUACCACAGGGAUGCAACAAGCCACAGGUUAUUCAACGUACCCACAGCCUGGUCAGCCCUAUGGAAUCCCAUCAUAUGGUGCAUUGUGGGCAGGCAUCAAGACAGAAGGUGGAUUAUCACAAACACAAUCACCUGGACAGACAGGCUUUCUGAGCUACGGUGCAAGUUUUAGCACUCCCCAGCCAGGACAGGCUCCAUACAGUUACCAGAUGCAAGGAAGCAGUUUCACUACAUCAUCUGGAAUAUAUGCUGGAAACAAUUCACUUACAAAUUCUACGGGAUUUAACAGUUCGCAACAGGAGUAUCCUUCUUACCCCAGCUUUGGCCAAGGUCAAUACCCACAGUAUUAUAACAGUUCUCCAUAUCCUUCGCAUUAUAUGACAAGCAGCAACACCAGUCCAACAACCCCUUCUUCCAAUGCGACAUACCAGCUUCAAGAACCACCAUCUGGCAUCACUAGUCAAGCAGUUGCAGAUCCUACAGCAGCAGAGUACAGUACAAUCCACAGCCCAGCAACACCCAUCAAAGAUUCUGAUGCAGAAAGGUUGCGUCGCAGCUCAGAUGGCAAAUCACGUGGUCGAGGCAGAAGGAAUAAUAAUCCUUCACCACCGCCUGACUCCGACCUAGAGAGAGUAUUCAUUUGGGAUUUGGAUGAGACAAUCAUCAUUUUCCAUUCCUUGCUUACAGGAUCCUAUGCUAACAGAUAUGGGAGAGACCCCCCUACUUCUGUUUCCUUGGGACUGAGGAUGGAGGAGAUGAUUUUCAACUUGGCAGACACACAUCUAUUCUUUAAUGAUUUAGAAGAAUGUGACCAAGUUCAUAUUGAUGAUGUUUCAUCAGAUGACAAUGGCCAGGACUUAAGCACCUAUAACUUCGGAACAGAUGGCUUCCCUGCAGCAGCUACCAGCGCUAAUUUAUGCUUAGCAACGGGUGUGCGUGGAGGAGUGGACUGGAUGAGAAAACUGGCCUUUCGAUACAGACGAGUAAAAGAAAUCUACAACACCUACAAAAAUAAUGUUGGAGGUCUUCUGGGUCCAGCAAAGAGAGAAGCAUGGUUGCAGCUUAGAGCAGAAAUUGAAGCUCUUACAGAUUCUUGGUUAACACUUGCACUAAAAGCACUCACAUUAAUUCACUCUAGGACAAAUUGUGUGAAUAUUCUAGUGACGACUACUCAGCUUAUUCCAGCUCUUGCAAAAGUCUUGCUAUAUGGCUUAGGUGUAGUAUUUCCAAUAGAAAAUAUUUACAGUGCAACUAAAAUAGGAAAAGAAAGCUGUUUUGAGCGCAUAAUUCAAAGAUUUGGAAGAAAAGUAGUAUAUGUUGUUAUAGGAGAUGGUGUGGAAGAAGAACAAGGAUCAAAGAAGCAUGCCAUGCCAUUCUGGAGGAUCACAAGUCACUCUGACCUUAUGGCCCUUCAUCAUGCCUUGGAACUGGAGUACUUAUAGUAGCACUUUGUAACCCCAGAACUUCCCUUGCGCCCAUGGACAGUGUGCCUGCAACUUGUGUCAUUGCUGGGCUACAGAAAUUUGUGAUUUCAUCAUGUUGAUGUACAGCUGCAACUGGUCUCAACCUUUGCCCUAGCAGUAAAUGGAGGAGCAUGUCUCUCGUCUUCAGAAACAGCUGUUGAUUCUAGUACUGUGAAUCUAAUGAAAACAAGCCAUGAUGAGAAUGUUUAACAGUGUGUCCUUAUCACAUUCACCACAUUGAAAGGUUCGUACCUGUGAAGAGACUGGGAAGUGCUUUGUGGUUUCUAGAAUCUUCAUUGUGGCGCACAUACACCUUCUUAAAUACAACAAACUUGAUUGCACAACAAAGACUGAGCUUUUUCUUUUUAAGAAUCCCAUGCGUACAUUUCUUGAAAAGGUUUACUCCCCCCCCCCUUUCUCUCUCCCUCUUUUAGUUUCUCAGACCCAGGGUACUCUGUAAAUCUUUACUUAUUUAUGAACAGACUCUGUUUUGGCACCAUCACCUAAAUGUGGAAAUGUAUGAUAAAUGAAAGGCUGUAAUGAGUGUUUGCCUUCUGAUAACAAAUUGAUUUUGAAUUUUAGCACAUUGCAAAGUAGUUUAAAGUAUGUCUAAUUUAAGCAAAUAGGUACAUCACUGAGACAAUCGUGUACAGGAAGAAUGUUUUGGUGUAAAUUUGUAAUGAAUGGAUGACGUUUUACAUAUUGUUUAGGCAAAUACUAUUGAAAGGUAGUAAUGGCUUUUUGGUGAAGUAUGAGGCAGUGUAUGCACAAACUAUUGUGCUGUGCCUUAUGAAAGUAUUGUGUAUAAAUAUGUAGAUAAUUGAUAUUUUUUUUUAGAUCAAUUUGUCAAGACCAAAAGCAUGGAUGUCAAGUGUCAAUAAGGAAUCACUUUUUAUUCUUUCUGUUCUUCUGGUUUUUUCAUUGGCAAAUCUAUAAUAGCUAAACAUACCUCCCCUACUUGCACCAUGCCCAUCACGGGCUUCUUGUUUACAUUUUGUACUUGCCUAUAAGUGCAAAAUAUAUGGGCCUCACAUCAGGUUAGAAUGGUUUACGUGUUUAAAUUGCCAGUUUUCUUGACAAAAUACCUAUGUAUGAUGAAGGCUUGAUCUGGCUCUGUUUCAGUGUGUUUUGCCAAAAGAAGCAGCAAUUUAAAUACACAUGUGUACUCUCAACUGAUGUCAUUUUUUGCUCAGGUAUUAUACCUGAGUACAUAUGUUAUAGUCUUGAAGUGAUCUCUUUCGUUUAAUUGGCUUUACUGCUAAACACUGAAUGUGGGAGAAGUAAAUAAUCUAUCUGUUGAUUUCCCUCCCCCCCAAAAAAGGUAGAGGACUGGGUUAUUUUUAAAAGUAUGUCAUGUAACAUAUCUUGACUUAUAGAAAAAUUGGAACAAAGUGUUCAUGCACUGAAAAACUAAAACUGAAUGCAACCACUUUAUUUUCAAGUGCAAAGGGAGAGGUCUUUCUGAGAUCUAGUGAGUACAUACUAAAUGAACUAUGGAUCAUCAGAAACCUAUUGCCGUCUCGGUCCCUUUCUUCUCAAAAAAGUAAUAAAUUUCUUGCUUGAAUAUUUUUUAAUGCUUUAAACCUCACACAGAUCUGUUGAAAAACAGGCAGAAUGUAAUGACAGUUCUAGUUUCACAAUGAGCAGCUGUCAAGCAAGCUGAUGUAACACUGUGAUAACCUAGUAAAAUAUCAGGUGGAUGGGGCAAAGCAUGGCUGUGAGUGUUGGUUUGCAUUAGCUGUUGAAACAGUUCAUGCCCCCAGCCUCUCCUACCUUUAUUGUGAGAGUACCCCCCCAAA